UCAUAUGGUGAUAGAACAACACUGGUAAUAAAUUAACUAAAAAGGUUCUAUCAGUAACUUAACUUAUGGUUGUUAUAACGAGAAAACUUAAAUAUGCUCUUUAAGUAUUACAUUAAAAUAUAUAAAAUAUAUACAAAUAGAAUAAUAAUGUAUAUAGUCAUUUUUUUAUCUACUAUAAUUCUGUCUGAAGCGAAUUUUUCAAAUUUAAACACAAAUAACUCAGUAAAAUUUGACAAAUUAGAAUUGCAAAUCGAAAAUAUAAAAAAUAAUCAUGCAAGUAAAAUUUCAUUGAAAAGUGAAUGGCUAGAAGAAUGUAAAUGUGUUAUUACUUCGGAUUGUUUACCUAAAACAAAUGAUACAUCCAUUGACAUACGAAUAGUCACUAAACCUGAUACAUGUCCUACUGGAAUGAUAUGGUGUUGCUCAGAUCCCACGAUUGAAAAUCCAUUGUUAACAUGUGGCAAAAUAUCACCACAAAAUAUAGAAGGAAUCAAAAUUCAACCAGAUCAAGCUAAUUUUGGGGAAUUUCCUUGGCAAGCUUUAAUUUUAACAAUCAGUAAUUCGUUCGUAUCGAACGGAGCAUUAAUAAACAAAAAAUAUGUGUUAUCAACGGCUCAUUUUUUAAUAACCUAUUCCAAGAAUAUAAGUGCAUUGAAAAUUCGUCUGGGUGAAUGGGAUAUUUAUCGAAAUAUAGAACCAUUUCCACAUAUUGAACGAUCCAUUAGUAGUAUGACAAUACAUCCGGAUUAUAUUUCGUCAAACUUGCAUAAUGACAUUGUUGUUAUAAUGCUUUCUGAGCCCGUUAUCACUUCAACUUACAUAAGUCCCAUAUGCUUACCUUAUAAUAUGUUAAAUUUUGAAGUCAUGCAAUUUAAUAAAUGUCGGGUUUCUGGGUGGGGGACCGAGAAUUUUGAACGACCACAAUAUCCUGGGAUAUUAAAAAAAGUCAAUGUUCCUUUAUGGUCGCAAGAUAGAUGUGUUGAGAAUCUAAGAACUACAAGACUUGGAUCUAAAUUUCAGUUGCACGAAGGAUUUAUAUGCGCCGGGGGCGAGGAACAUGAAGAUGCAUGUACGGGUGAUGGUGGUUCGCCAUUGGUAUGUGAACAUGAUUCAGUAACUAUUCUUAUCGGUCUUGUAUCAUGGGGAAUAGGAUGUGGAACAGCUUCAGUACCAGGUGUUUAUGUAGAUGUCAGCAAAUAUUUACCAUGGAUUGAAAACACAAUUACUACUAUGAUUUAGAAGACUUAUAAAAGA